AUGUUGCAGCCCUUCAGGUGUGGAAUUUCUAGAGGGGAUUUCCGACAGAGAGCCUUGACAAAGCUAACAGUUACCAAUUCACUGCUUGGACAUCCCGUACUUCAGAGUUUACACAUAAAAGUUGGAGACAAAGCUGAACUUACCAAAGCUUUUACACAGAAUGAUGUUGUUACUUUUUCUGCUUUAACAGGUGACACAAAUCCUUUGCAUUUAAAUGAAGAUUUUGCAAAGAAAUCUAGGUUUGGGAGAACUAUCGUACAUGGAGUUUUGAUCAAUGGACUUAUUUCUGCAGUUCUGGGUACUAAAAUGCCUGGUCAAGGUUGUGUAUUUCUUUCUCAGGAGAUCCGAUUUCCAGCUCCUUUGUACACUGGUGAAGAAGUCAUAGCUGCAGCUGAAGUUAAACGAUUGAAGGGUUCUAUUGCACACAUUUCAGUAUCCUGUAAAGUCAAAGAAAGUGCAAAGACUGUUAUGGAAGGGAUGGUGAAAGUCAUGGUGUCAGAGAGUUAGAGCUAUUGCUCCUAUGCUGCUUUACUAUAAAGGCCAGAACUGUAUGCUUGGUUUUGACUCUUUUUAUGUAACAUCACUUAAUCCAGUAAAUUUGCAACAAAAAAACCCCCCCUUCAAAACAUUUCAAAGACAGUGCACAAACUUAAUCUUGAUAGAACUGCAUUAAACUUACAGCUUUUCAUUUU